CCAACCUGGCGGCCACAGAUGUCACCUUCCUACUGUGCUGCGUUCCCUUCACGGCGCUCCUCUACCCGCUACCCGCCUGGGUGCUGGGAGACUUCAUGUGCAAAUUUGUCAACUACAUCCAGCAGGUCUCGGUGCAAGCCACCUGCGCCACCCUGACGGCCAUGAGCGUGGACCGCUGGUAUGUGACUGUGUUCCCGCUGCGCGCCCUGCACCGCCGCACUCCGCGCCUGGCCCUGGCUGUCAGCCUUAGCAUCUGGGUGGGCUCUGCAGCUGUGUCUGCCCCAGUGCUGGCCCUGCACCGCCUGUCGCCGGGGCCCCACACCUACUGCAGCGAGGCGUUUCCCAGCCGCGCCCUGGAGCGCGCCUUCGCGCUCUACAACCUUCUGGCUCUGUACCUGCUGCCGCUGUUGGCCACUUGCUCCCUGUCCCUGCUGCGCCCCCUGGGCCCCGCUGCUGUGCGCCCCGCGCCCACUGACGGCGCCCUGCAGGGACAGCUGCUGGCACAGCGAGCUGGAGCAGUGCGUACCAAGGUCUCCCGGCUGGUGGCCGCUGUAGUCCUACUGUUCGCCGCCUGCUGGGGCCCAAUCCAGCUGUUCCUGGUGCUCCAAGCCCUGGGCCCCGCAGGGGCCUGGCACCCUCGCAGCUACGCCGCCUACGCGCUGAAGAUCUGGGCUCACUGCAUGUCCUACAGCAACUCGGCACUCAAUCCGCUGCUCUAUGCCUUCCUGGGCUCACACUUCAGACAGGCUUUCUGCCACGUGUGCCCUUGCGGCCCACGACGUCAGCGCCGACCCCACGGGUCUGCACUCUCAGACCGAGCCCCAACUCACACCACGAUGCACAGCCUGGCCGCACACAAGGCCAGUGAGCCUGGGAACCCUGCAGUGCGUGAACACUCUACUCAGCUCUGAGCCAACCCAUGCCCUACUGAAUAAUCAGUUAGUUGUUAAUGGCUUAGUGUCCCGGGUAACCAGUGUAAACCACCUUCUCCUUCAGCACCCGUGGGCCGUAGUUUUUGCUGUAGUCGUAAUUCUUUGUAUUCUUCAGCGUUUGAAGAUCAAUGCCCCCACUUUCUUCAUCUACUUCAGAAUUUCGUGCUUACUAGGCAAGUGCUGGACCACUGAGCUAAAUGCCCCCCCCCUUGUUGCUCUUAACAGGGUCUCAUGUAGCCCAAACUGGCUCUAACUCAAUGCAGCUGAGGCUGACCCUGAGCCUCCGGCAAUGACCUUGGGGCCUAAGCCACCAAGCCCAACUUUUUCUAUUUUGAGACAAGGUCCUAACAUUAGGAAAAAGUAAAGGUUGUAAGAUUAUAUGUACUUCUUAUGAUAUUUACAUUUGAAAACAAAAAUCCAGCAAAUCCAGCACACAUCUGGUUGUGGUACACCAGGAUUGUCAUACCACAGAAGGACUGGAAUCCAAGGUCAUCCUCAGCCACACAGUGUUCCAGGCUAGCCUGGCUUGAUGAGACCCUAGAUCAGAAGCACAAAGCAGGACCCUGUGUGGUGGUGCAAACCUUUAACCCCAGCACUUGGGGAGGCAGAGGUAGGCAGAUCUGAGUUCAAGAAUGGAACCUGGGUCCUCUUUGAGAGCAGCCAGUGCUCUUAACUGCUGAGCAGUUUCUCAGCUCCAUCUUAUGGUGCUAGUUCUGAGAGCAUGUCCUACUGUGUAGCCCUGACUGGCCCGGAAGAACUCAGAGAUCUUCCUAACUCCUGAGCGCUGUGACCCAGGGGGCAACAGUUUGAAGAAGAAAAGGUCAUUUUGGCUCAACCAGGUCCUGGUAUGCUCAGUACCAUGGGAAGAGAAUGAAACUGAACAUAGUUACUCACAGGGUGGCUAGGAAGCAGAAGGUAGCAAGGGGUAAGGACUGUCUCAUAUGCCAGGCGUUGGUGGCGCACGCCUUUAAUCCCAGCACUUGGGAGGCAAAGGCAGAUGGAUCUCUGUGAGUUCAAGACCAGCUUGGGCUACAGAUCCAGUGCCAGGAUAGGCUCCAAAGCUACACAGAGAAACCCUGUCUCCAAAAACCAAAAAAAGACUGUCUCAUGCCCCCCAAACACACUUCCUCCAGCCAGACCCCAGCUUCCAUUCUUACCACAUCCAGAUAGCCACUGCCAAAUGACAAAUCUAUUCUGAAAUUAAUCUGUC